AUGCUUGUCCUCCGACCGGCGUCUAACUGCAGCCUGUCCGGCCAGUUGGCCGACGCUUUGUCAGUGGCUAUCGACGUCGACGUCGACGUUGGUGUUGGUGUUGGUGUUGGCGAUACGGCGCUGGUGGAGGCCAAGGCGAGUCUGUCACGCACGGAAGUAUGCCUCGAGACGUACGCCUCGCUGCGCCGACUGGCCGAGUUCAGCAGCGCCUUCAGCCGCGCCUACGGUCCGCUCGGACUGGCCAUUUGCAGCAUUUCCGCCUUCACCAACAUCAUCAACCUGGUCGUGUUGAGUCGCAGUUGGCUACGACGGCCCACCACCACCAUCCUCGUCUGUAUCGCGGCCGCCGACCUCGUCGUCUGUCUCAGUCAACUGCCGGUGCUUGCAGAGAUCUGCCGACGAGAACUGGCCCCGGCUCCGCUGCCGCUCUGGCCGGCCUCGUCAGAGGACGGCAGCCGUCGUCAUCGACAACCGGAACCGGAACCGGAACCGAAACCGAAACCGGAAUCGGAAUCGGAAUCGGAAUCGGAGUCGAGACGGGAGGCAAAGUCAAAAGCAAAGUCAGAGUCGGAGUCGCGCAACCUGUCGCCGUCGUCUCAGGCCUCCGACGGCGACGGCGACGGCGACGCUGUUGCCGUCGCUGUCGCCGUCGCCGCGCCCACGGGCCAGUUGGUGAGGACCUGGUUGGCUGUAUUUGCUUUCAUCCUCUUCAACCACAUCUCCCUCACCAGCCACACCAUCUCCAUUUGGCUUGGCGCAGUACUCGCCCUCUUCCGCUGGUGGCUAGUCUCCUCCGUCGUCAGGGCGACGCGGCAGAAGCGAGCCAUUUUGGAGGUGCGUCGAGCCGGCGAUCGACCGGUUGGACAGACGACACCGUCGACGUCGAGGAUGACCGACGCGAACGGAGCCGGAGAGUCGACCUGGCCGAACGUCGACGAUGUACCGCGUUGGUGGGGCUGGUGGCGACGUUGGCGACGUUGGCGACGGCCAGAAGGACAGGCGUCGUUUGGUCAUUCAUUCGGCCAGUGGAACUGCCCAAGCACGCAGGUCGAGGAGCGCUACACUCGCUUGGCAAUCGCCGCGGUUGUCAUCUUCAUCGUCCUCUUCCUCUCGCCAUACUACCCGACAUUGCGCGUGUAUCCAACCUACUCGGCGGCCGAAUGCGACACGUCGUCAACGGCAUCCGCCGCGCCUGCCGACUGUCGGAUUGUGGGCUACGUGGCGCGUAAGACGCGACAGAAUCACGCGCUUAGUCAGUACAACUUUUGGGCGAUC